GGCUGCCGGCGAUCUCGAUCGAGUCGGAACGAGAUCGAAAGGGAAGAGAAUUCGUUGCAUUGCGACGUUGAGCGGAACCGAGCCGCCGAGUCCUUUUUCCGAAUCCAAUCAGCGGUCACUUGGUGUUUCUAACCCCGGGCGGCGAGGUGAGGUAUAUCCCGGAGUGUUGGUCGCGUUGGGGUGGCCGGGUGCAUCGUGCAGCCAGGUAAGGGGCAGCUGUCCACCAGGUGCCGGUCACCCCUCCAUCGCGUCUCUACCUUGUAGCUGGUGGGGAUUUGCACGGCCCGAUUGGAUGGUGGCUCGCGUUCGUUGCAGCAAUACUCUCGCGCUCACGACAGAAAACAGUCAGUCGUCCCAGGGCGCUCGACGCGGCACGAUUCGCGGCUACGUGCUAGGUCGCGCCACUCGUCGUCGUUAUCGUCGUCUUCGUGACACACGCGGUCUUUGCAAAACAGUCUUUCUCUCUCUCUCUCUCUCCAUCUAUCUCUUAUAUGUAUCUCUCUCAUUCUCUCUUAUCACCGGGUUUAGGAUUACAGUGAGAUCCCAGACGACGAUCGAUCGUCCACUCGUACACCCGAACGACCGGCUGAAUGAAUGACAGUCGCGUCCGCGUCAGACAGGAUAUAAGUCACGUUUAGGUACCGGCUGAUAGUUUGUCGUUGUUUUUUUCACCAAAGCCUGUCGGGAGUCCUCGCGCUAAGUUGAAGGCUUCGCUUAGGCAGAUUUCCGCGACUCCGAUCGGCCGGACAGUGGUGUGCAGCAACCAGGAGACGUAGUCCCGAGUAGUUGUCCCGCCGUCUUCAGGAUCAGUGUCCGAAUCAGUGCGAUCGUCAGUGAGUCAUCGGACUUGAGGCUCUCGUCGCAUCUCAAGUCUGCCGUCCGGUUGCUCCGCGUCGAUCUCUCCUUCCUCCUCCUGCCCCUCCUCCUCAUCUCCCUUCUCCUUUUUCCUAGUCAACCGUCGACCUUCUUCUUAUUCUUCUCUCUUUCUCUCUAUCUCUCUCUCCGCACACCUCGUCGCGAGCUUUCGCGCCUGACUCACCGAGACCGCGGCAGCAGCACGGCCACAUUUAUGGGGGUGUCCGGAGAGUGCGCGGUCAAGGGCAGCAAAAGCCACCCCUGUCACUGCUGCGUCCACGUCGGCGGCUCUGGCGCGAGCGUGCAGCAGCAGCAGCAACAGCAGCAACAUCAGCACCAGCAUCAGCACCACCAGCAUCAUCAGCAACAGUCCACGCCCUUCGAACCGCACCAUCAUCAUCAUCACCAGCAUCACCACCAUCACCAUCAUCAUCAUCAUCACGGCAAGCACGCGCCAGCCACGCCGCAGCACAACAGCAGCGGUGACAGCAACAUUUUAGCACCGUUGCGCAGCAAGAUGAAAGUACUCAAGAAGCUCAAGCGCAAGAUGGGUCUAGCGCCGAGAUCGUCGAGCGCGGGCACAAACAACCUGCCGCCGUUGACGUUUCACCACGUGCACGGCGACAACAUCCGGCUGUGCAAUGGCGGCACGAUCGCCAGGAGGCACGAGAGCUUUUGCAAGGGUGUCACCUUUAGCGCCAGACCCGUGCGAGUGGGCGAGAAGGUCUGCGUGAAGUUCCUGGAAAUAUCCGAUAAUUGGAGCGGCGUGAUCCGCUUCGGCUUCACCAGCAACGACCCGAUCAACCUCAGGAGCGGCUUGCCGAGGUACGCCUGUCCGGACCUAACGAACAAGCCGGGCUAUUGGGCGAAAGCCCUGGCCGAGAGAUUCGCCGAGCGAGACACGGUGCUUUUUUACUACGUGACCUCGGCGGGCGAUGUUCACUUCGGCGUGAACGGCGAGGAGAAGGGCCUCUUCUUCAGCGGUGUGGAGACGCGGGGUCCGCUCUGGGCAAUUAUCGAUGUCUACGGCAACAGCACGGCGAUCGAGUUCGUCGAUCCGAACCGGCAGCACUUCAACAACAUCAGGCGGGGCGCCGAGCACAGCAACGAGGACAACGCGCAGCACAGCAGGCACUCGGCGAUGGACGACGCCAGCAAUGCCGGCAGGGACGUCGAAAGGAUCAUCGUGCCGUCCAUGCAGAGCUUGUCGAUCCAUCAUGAGCCCGAUGUCGAGCUACCCGGGCUCAGGUUUCAACCCGCCGGCGUCAUCUUCACCCCGCUGCCCUUCCACUCCACACGGGGCAGGAACAUCCGCUUCAGCAACCAGCAGUGCGUGGCGACGCGCACCGACACGGAAUUCUGUCACGGCUACGCCUUCACGAGCCGGCCGUUGCUGCUGGGCGAACGGCUGGUCGUGCAGAUCCUCUCCACCGAGCCGAUGUACGUAGGCGCCCUCGCGCUCGGCCUGACCUCAUGCGAUCCCGCGCGGCUCUCUCCGGACGACCUGCCGGACGACAGCGACCUGCUCCUGGACCGUCCCGAGUACUGGGUAGUCUCCAAAGACGUGGCCUCCAGUCCCCAGCCCGGCGACGAGAUCGCCUUCACGGUGACGCAUUACGGCGAGGUGCAGAUGAGCAAGAACGGCGGCCCGCCGAACGUCGUCAUGCACGUCGACCAGAGCCUGCAGCUUUGGGCCUUCGUGGACGCUUACGGGAGCACCCAGAGGGUCAGGAUGCUGGCCAGCCGACCGACAUCCCCGCCACGGCAACGUCAGAGCAACCCUUCGCCGGCCAGUAUCGCCCAGCAGCAGCAGCAGCAGCAGCAACAACACUCGAAUCACAGCAACGCCGCGACGGAACUCUCCCGAUUCUCGGAGAUGGUGCAGUUCAAGCCGGCGGUGGGCGGCGGCACCGUUCUGGUCGUCAACCUGCCACCUCAGGCUGGCUACCCUACCCCGCCGCCGCCGCCCACGCCGCAGCCGGUCUACGCGUCGGCGAACGCGCACGGCAGAGGCGCGCAGCAACCGGCGCAGCAGCAACAACCGGCCCAACACCUGCCUUCGUCCACGGCGCCCGCGCCACAUCCGGGUUCCUCCAGACAGUCCUCGCCGCCGCUCACCGGCACCAUGGCCAGCACCGGCUCGUCCACGUACGUGGACCCGGUCACCUACCAGAGCCUGGACGGCGGCACCCUGACCGCGUCCUCGCACGCUUCGUCCCACUUGCAGCAGUGGAGCGAGAGCCUGCAGCCGACGCUGACCGGCCAGCCGAGCGAAUGCUCCAUCUGCUACGAGAGGAGCAUCGACAGCGUGCUGUACAUGUGCGGUCACAUGUGCAUGUGCUACACCUGCGCGAUCCAGCAGUGGCGCGGCAAGGGCGGCGGCCACUGCCCGCUCUGUCGCGCGCCGAUCCGCGACGUCAUCCGUAUCUACCGGUCCUGAACGUCGUCCCGGCCGGGGAGACGAGCGUGAACGUUUCCCCCCCACCGCCGCUCGCGUCCAGAUCAUCAUCGUCGUCAUCACCGUGCUUCCGUCGUCGUUUCCUUCCGCGCGUACCCCGCCGCGGUUCAUCGGAGUGCUUCUCGCUUCUUCCGCUACCACCAGGACCAGCGUCGGAACAAUCGCGAGGCGCCGCUUCCUCACACACUGCCGACGAUUUUCGUCGAUUGUUUUUUCUACUGAACGCCCGAAGACGAACGCUUCGAAGCGCGCUCAUCUCGCCACCCCCCGGGAGCUCUCCGUGAGGCGGGUCGCUCUUCCGCGAACGAGAGAAGCAACGACCGCGCGAGCUGGGCUCGACCGAGCCGAACGUCAUUCUCGCGACGCGCCUCUGUCAAGAUCGUGUCACUGUCAAUUAACGUGCCAAUUAAAACGAGGGGCGCGCGGACCACCACCUGCGCGAGGAAAGCAGCGGUGCUUGCUUUCGGGUAAUCGCGAUCACCACUGCCGCAGUUUGCGAGAUCGAGCGAGAACGCGGAGAUGAGUCACCGCGAGUUCUAUUGUAUGAGAACGAAAGUGAGAAAGAGAGAGAGAGAGAGAGAGUGAGAAUGUGUAUAUGUGUUGGAAGGAGAGAGACCAGCGUAAUUAGCUGUAGCUGAUCGAGUUGCUGCUUGUUGUACCGAUGAUAUCCUGUCAAGUCCUGCCGUGCGAAUGCGUGAGACGUGUGCAAGUGAGUGCGAGGAUACGCGCAAAAAAGAGAUAGAUCGAUUUUAGAUAUUUUCACAAGCGACAUAAUCGUCACUACCAUUACCAAUUACUAUUACUACUAUUACCGCUCUGAUCUAUCGCUAUUAGUACUACUACUAUUACCACUACUAUUACUACUAUAUUACUACUACUAUUACUACUACUAUACCGUACUACUCUUCCAGCCUUUUAAUUAUUUUAUUAUUUUGCUAUUAUUAUUAUUUUUUUUUAUUAUUAACUCUAUCGCUACUAUGUAUUAAUUAUUAUUAUUAUUAUUAUUAGUUAUUCGUUCACAUUGUGUAAUUGUCUUUAUUAUUCGCGAGCAGCUUCAUUUGCCACGAUCGCUAUUAUACUUUCACGAUUGCCGAGAUUAUAGUGAUGGUUGGUGAAUUAACAUAGUCACUAUACAUAUAGCGUGAUUAUUAUUUAAUGGACCGUGUGAUUACGUUGAACGAACUUUCAGACGCCUGGAGCGCUUCUUCGAAGAACGAGCUCGUGUUCGCGCCCCCCCUCUCCCGCGACGUAAGCGAAGGGAAUCUCGUCCGGUUGCGGUUUCAAUGGAUGAGAGAACGCGAGCGGGCUCUCGAGACACACUCAGAUAUUGUCCGUUCGCAUCUCCUGCCGCGUGUUCGUGCUUCCGUCUCGGACGGUAAUACACGAGAGCGCCCGACGUGCGUCGUGUCAGGCAGACCUUUACCAAAGAUCCUGAUCGUUUCCAGUCUGCGUUACUUCGUCAUCCGCACGUUACUUCGCGACAACACCCCGAUGAUCAGAGACCGCGCAAUAAGCGACGAGAUCGCUUUCGUUUGAUCGACUUUUCUACCUAGUUAACACGUUCGAGACAUUCACUCACGUGAUCGUCGGAAGAUUGCGGAGCAUUCCUCAGCGUUGUGAGGAUGUUCGCUUCAAGGUGAUACAGUCACGAUCAGCGAGAUGUCUCGAGUCUCUUGUAGACGCACGGGUUUCGCUCGGGAGCAGCAGCGCGCUCGACGAGUCCGCGUGAUUAUCGCGAGAUUUCCUUUUGAAUAUUUUUCUAAUCCGACGGAGUUCGGAACGAAGAGAGGUUAGAAGGAAGUCUCGGUUCCAAGCUCCGCCGCCGGGUUUCCGCGUGGUUCCGCCUCCUCGCGUCGACGAGUCGCGUCAAUUCGUUGGGAGAACUCGAGAAAAUGAUGUCGAGAAAACGGGGCGACGUUGUCUCGUUGAUUCCCGGCCGAACUUGAAAGCUUGGCGCUGCUCUUCGGGGCUGUCGUGCCUCGUAGAGGUUUCUUCAUUCGUCUUUGUAGGGAGAUGAAUGAACCUUCGUAGGAAAGAUCUCCCGGCAACGGAAACGCGUGCGGCGUCCUUCGACCCUCACGAAAGCGAGAACGUUGGCUGUUUUGCGCGACAAUCGUCCGCAUUUUAUUUCGCGACGCGCCCUUUCCCGAGAAGCGCGAGAGGGGACGGCGAACUUUCUGCGAGUUUGUAGAGAUUGAGAGAGAGAGAGAAAGAGUGUGUGUGUUUUUGAACGAGACGAGACGAUUUCGAGCCAAAGGCAACGAGGUGUCUGAACCCUUAAGAAAAAGAAAAAAAAUUAACUCUUAGCGAGGAGAAGAGGAGGCGAUCCUCUCUCGAUUAUAACUAACGGAUGCGCAAUAAAGCAGUAGUGAAAUCUCUAGUCCAGCGAACGGCGGAUUUUAGGCCGCCAAUCCAAAAAGAUGACGAGCGUGAAGUACGAGGUGUAGAGCUCUGUCCUUCUCCUGGAAAUGAACGGAGAAGGAAGAAAGAGAGAGAGGUAGACACACGAAGCGAGAGACAGAGAAAGCGAGAAAGAGUGAGACCGAGAGAUUUUAUAGAUUACGAAAGAGAGAGACGCGAAUUAUUGCCUGUGCCGAGCCAGACGGCGCGUUCGCGAUUUUAUUAAAAUGAAAAAAAAAAUGUUA